GAGUUUGACAGAUGUGUGUGUGACGUCAUAAUAUUGAUCAUGUCGUCACGUCAGCCAUAAUUUUAUAAUUAUUUUAACAAAUUCGUGCAAAAUAUGUGAUGAAAACAUUUUAUAGCAACGCAUAACUAGUAAACAUUCCUUCUUACAUUUAGUCUGUGACUUAGCUAUAAGAUACAAAGAUGAUGCAAUUCAUGUUACUAUUCAGCCGGCAAGGCAAACUAAGACUGCAGAAAUGGUACGUCGCACACCCGGACAAGCUGAAGAAGAAGAUCACUCGGGAACUGAUCACCACAGUGUUGGCCAGGAAGCCCAAGAUGUGUUCAUUCUUGGAGUGGAAAGAUGUCAAAAUCGUUUACAAAAGAUAUGCAUCUCUAUACUUCUGCUGUGCGAUGGAGCAGGAGGACAAUGAGCUCCUCACUCUGGAGCUGAUACACCGCUACGUGGAGCUGCUUGACAAGUACUUUGGCAGUGUAUGUGAACUGGAUAUAAUAUUCAACUUCGAGAAGGCAUACUUCAUACUGGACGAGUUGGUACUUGGCGGUGAGCUGCAGGAGACCAGCAAGAAGAACGUCCUGAAGGCCAUCGCUGCACAGGAUCUGCUCCAAGAGGACGAGACAGUCGACGCAGCCCUGCGGGAGGUGGGGCUCCUCUAGCGGCCGCCGGGACUUCGCCUCUUCACUCCUUGCGCCGCGACGACACAAUACCAUCGCCUAAGCAUUCAACCACUCAGAAAUAAAAAACAUUUGCCAUAUAUUUUUACUACAACUACUUUUAAAAUUUGUAACUAUCAUAGUUUUUGAAUACGAAAAAUAAUCGAUAUUUUGUGACUCUCCUAAUAUUGAGCGACUGAUAAUGAUGAUUGGUUUAAUAUUGUCGUAAAAUUUCCAUUUUUAAUAUAUGAUUAUAAUCUAGGUAAGUAUUUGAUAUGGAUGUAUGACGGAAUUGUUUUCUUCAGGCCAAAGUGGACCAAGAUUAUUGUCCUUUUUAAAUCAUGAUGUAUUUGAAAUUUUGUGAACUGCCAAUUUGAAACGUUCCAUAUUUAUCGUACCCUAAUGACUUAUUUUUAGGGUAUUUUCUCUAUAAUGUUGUCCUAUAUUUUAAUGUUUGUAUUUUUCAUUAUUUUGUUCUGUUAUCCUAUUCCAAUUUUAUGAUUUGUUGAAAACUGAGAACGAAUUUAUUUUAAUUAGGUUGAUUUAUUAUGUGCCUAAGUUAUUUAAGAGUUUAUUAAGUUAAAACAUGACGAAUUUACCCGACUUCGAAUUUGAUUAUUUUAUUUCUUUAAGUGUACUUGUUGAUACACUAUUGUAGACUUAAUCAACGUUUUAUAGAUGUCGCUAGCCUUUAAAGAUUUUUUAAGAAAAUUCUACUAUUUGAUUGUGAAAUUAAUAUUAUUGAAAAGUAUUUGUUUCCAAAAGUGCUAUUUAAUAUUAUUCUCUCAGCAAUUAGUCCUACUUUUUUCACUACAAUUUUAUUUUAUCCCAUCAUGAAGUUAUAAGAAAAUAACCGAUUAUUUGAUUUUUUCGAAUAGUAUAGUCAUAAUUGAACAGUUUGUGCAAUAAAUUGUAUUUUAUCUCUAAUAUGAUAACGAUCCGUUUAUGAUACAUAUUAUGUCUAUGUGAUAAAAUAACAUAUUUCUAAUAAAAUAUAUUUUACAUGUUUUCA